GCUACCGUAGCCGGGCCCUCCGUGGAUUCGUGCGCCUGCGUGCUGCCGGAAGGCUCUCCAUUUCUGCGAGGACCGGGAAGGACGUUGGUGUAGAGGACAUCCGCUACCAUGAGUUCCGGUACAUUGCCAAAACCUCAGAUGCGUGGUCUUCUGGCCAAGCGCCUGCGGGUUCACAUUGUUGGCGCAUUCAUUAUGGCCCUGGGAGUUGCCGCUUCCUAUAAGUUUGGCGUGGCUGAACCCAGAAAGAAGGCGUAUGCAGAUUUCUACAGGCAUUAUGACUCCAUGAAGGACUUUGAAGAGAUGAGGAGGGCUGGUAUCUUCCAGAGUGCGAAGUGACUUCAGAAUGUACAGAAUUCUUUGGAUUGCACUCGAUAGAAGUUCAUUGCUGACCUGUGUUCCUGAACUAUGAAACAUGAAUAUGUGGGCUAAGGAGUAGUUUACCUCAAUAAACAAUUAACAAUUAUAUGGACA